AUGAAAUCAAUGAAAGGACAAUACUGUGUUGUGAAAUUCCUAGAAAUGCUUUUCUUGGACACAGAAGAAUAUCAAGUGGUGCCAGCUACAUGGAUCGCACCAGGUGUAAAUGAGCAUCAAGUUUCAGUAAAAUUCCCGUUGAUGAACAAAACAAAACUUUUGAACGUGGUUGAAAAUAGGCAACCAGCCGGUGAAAAGUGGCUUUCAUUUCCAGCAACAACUGAAUUCAUAACGGACAAUUUCGAUCACGCGAUGCUUUAUUUAGAUUUACUUCAAUAGAAGAUUCAGCUGGAUAAUAAGAAGGAAUAAAUCGUCUCGAAGAAACGUUAAUUGGGAAUAAAUAACGAUCGCCCCUUCAAGCAAAGAUUGAAUCCACAGAAAAUGAAAGCUGAUUUUCUAAAUUUAUCGACAUGUUUACUAUUACAGUUUGAUUUGUACUGUUGUUGUUUUAUUUCAUUGGAUAGUCUAGUAUGAGUCAUUUCAAACGCGGUCAAUAACCAUUUGAUAAGAUAGAGUUAAUUGAUCUAUUAGAGCCAUUAAAAUUUUUAUUGCGCAAAUAAAAUAGUCCAGACAUCAAUUGCCACGAUAUUUGGGUCACACUAAAAAUAAUAUCUUUAUCUUAUGAAUGACUAGUGCGCAUUAGUUGUUAUUUGCUCUAAUUUUGAGUAAAUUCCGCACUAUACCUUGAUACUACUUUACCCUAACCCCACUUUUCCAUUUCUCUACUCGUCUAGCUGACCAUACAAAUUGGCUACCUUACUACUUUGUCUCCCAUUUACUUACGAUGGUUCGAUCAGUAUUGAUGGAAAGGUCCUCAUAAAAUCCAGCUGAUAUAGUUGGUCACUUUUCUACAAACCUCCCUCGAGAUUAUGCGGCUCUCUUGUUCCCGAGCCAAGUUUCGAAUCCAAGCUCGCAGAGUGACAAACUCACGUCCUGUUGACUCACCCACUUUUCAGACAUCGCAGUCUAACACUAUGUUUGAUGUUCAAAAUUAGGACUAAUUCUAUCAAAUUAUUGUCUUCUAGUUUCAUAUUUGAUUAAAGU